GAGAAGAGAGUGAUGGAGAGAGAUAGACGGCUGAGAUGACAGCUGUUUGACAGAGGGACAGCAGCAGGAGGGCGUAUGUGAUACAUCAAAUGUAAAAGACAGAGGACGCAACACGCAGGAGAAACAGAGCAAGACAUUCAUAUGCUAAGAAUGAGUGAAACUCCAAUAGACCUUGAGCUAUCAGUCCAGCCAUCGUCACAGCCGGAAUCCGAGAGGGGGCAACAGCCUCCGCCUCUGUUUCAGCUGCCCUUCCCCACCCAAGAUCCCUCGAACAUCUAUCAACAAACCCAGCUACAGCCUGAGCUACAGCUAACACAGAACCAAGCAAAGCCAGUGUGGAUAAAUCAUCGAAAGCUUUUUCUCCUCUUUUUGGGGUUCUUUUUAUGUGCUGCCAUUGUGCUACUUAUUUUCUAUAUGCAUCAUAUUCUUCAAAAUAAGAGCAUAAACCAGAAAGACAAAGUAGUGACUCCAUGUCUCUCCCCAGCCUGUCAGUGGGCCUCGGCUCAACUGUCCAUGUCUGCUGAUCCCUUCACGCAUCCCUGUGAAUACUUCUUGUUCACAUGUGGAUCUGGCAGACUUUCACCAGACAGUGGGGGGAGGCAAAGAGGUCAGGGCAUCCCUGGACAUCCACAGAACCAAAGGGAAAAGGCAGUGUGGCCAGAGCGGAGAGGACAGAGUAAAGAGAAAGAAAACAGAGGACGGAGAGAGGAAAAACUGGAUAGAAAAACUUUGCUGCUGCAGUAUCUUAGGGAGAUCUUGGACUCAAAUGACACACCGGGUAGUAAAGCAGUGCAGAAGGCCAAAGGAUUUUACUAUUCCUGUUUGGACAUCAAAUCCAUAGAGAUGGCUGGAGCAGAACCCUUCCUUGCACUCAUCCAGAAACUGGGAGGUUGGGCAGUAUCAGGCCAGUGGAAUAAGACUGAUUUCAACUCCACCCUGAGCCUGCUCAUGAGAGACUAUGCCACCUUUCCAUUCUUCAACCUUUAUGUGGGCAAAGACCCAAAUGAAAUUGCCCGCGGGACAAUCAAAAGAUACAUACAGAUUGAUCAGCCAGAUCUGUUAAUCCCAAUUGAAUGGAACAGAAAGACACUGAAGUCUCAAGCUAAAACUCAGACGCUACGUCCCUUCUUGGCAUCAUGUCAGAGAUACCUGGCACUGUUGGGGGCCCUGCCCAGCAGGAGCAUGAUCCAUGUGGGCAACUUUAUGUCUCUGUCCUCUGAGCUCGCUGUGGCUGCUGCACCUCUGGACUAUCGCCUGUCGAAAGGGCAGCUCUAUCAGCGCAUGACCAUCAAAGAGCUACAGAGCCAGGCCCCUGCCAUUGAUUGGCUGGGCUGUCUGAAGGCCGCUUUCCAUCAACUGCCUCUCAUCGAAGACGAUCACGUCCUUCUGCAUAACUUACCCUACAUUGUGCAAAUGUCCCGCAUCAUUGGCAAAUGGCUGAACAAGCAAGAGCUGAGCACCAGCGGCCCCGUUCACACUUACAUGGUUCUUAAUCUGCUGCACACCUUGAUACCUGCUCUAGACUCCAGGUUUUCUGAAACAGAGAAGAAUUUGUCAGUGGCUCUAGGUAGAACCGAAGGGGCAGACCCUCGCUGGAAACACUGUGUGUUAGAGACUGAGAGAGGAUUUGACUCUGUUCUUACACACCUUCUCAGUGAAAGGACAGCACGAAGAGACGCAGAGGAGAUUAUUCAAAAUAUCUUUUCCUCCUUCAAGUCCAAAUUGCAUGAACUUAAGUGGACAGAUCAGAACUCUCUCCGCUCCGUCAUGAAAAAGGUUCAGUCUUUAAUUCCAAGACUUUGGACUACAAAACGGAUCUUGGGUGAGGCUGAACUUGACCUGCUAUUUUCCAAGGUGACAAUCAGUGCCACACACAGUUUCUUCUCCAACUACGUCCAGCUACUGACCUUGUGGCAAAAGAGACUCCGUCAACUCUUGACUGAGCAGACUAAGGAGGCUGAUAUUCUGUCUGUCACACCAUUUAUCCUGGGUGAUGAGCUCCUCUUUCCCAUGGGAAUGUUUAUCCCUCCUCUCUUCCAUCCUACCUAUCCUAGGGCAAUGAAUUAUGGUGUAAUAGGUUUUCUUAUCGCCAAAGAUAUACUCCACCUGAUUCUGCCCAACAUUUACUCUCAAAGUGAGACUGUGCAUGCUGUGGGGGAAUGUGUGUGGGCUCACUACCUCGCUGUGACAGAAAAAGCAGGCCGAGGUGGGGCGUUUUCUCUCUCAGCAGCACAGAAGCAGGAGUUGUGGGUGCAGUAUUCUGCGCUGCAGAUAGCAUUGCAGGCUUAUCAUCAGAGUCUGAUGAACCAUCCGAGUGACCCUUCCAUCUUAGGACUAUCACAGACACGUUUGUUUCUCACAUCUUUUUCUCAGGUUAACUGUGACUCAGACCCCUACCGUGAAUUCAUGCCCUUGGAGCCCUCCUUCUUGAUUACAGUGAUUUGUGCCAAAUCUGACCUGUGUCCUACAAGCAUGCAGUGCCCCAGUGAAACCCAGCACCAUUCAUUACAAACAUGCUGAGUACACUGUGAAGACCUGCACUCGUUUUUUGUUGUUAUUAUAUAUUAAUAUUGAUUGUCCGACAAAACUAUCCACUUGGUGCUAUCGAAAUUAAGUGCACGGUGGAUGUUUAUAAACUGUUAUAAAUAUAGUUUAUUUAUUAUAAGAGUCAAUUGUGAGAGUACACUGACAUUGUUUGUACAGUGACUGCUAGUUGUACAGAUUGCUAGUUGUGCAUAGAUUGCACAAGCAGUUACAUAUUUAUGUAAAUACAAUAAACAUUAGAA